UGUAAUCUAUUUUCAUUUCGUACGUUCAAUAGGUCGGCUGCGUCGCGAUACGGUUGCACGAAAGAAAGGUGGUUUCUCUGGCCCCCUUCGAGAAACCAUCUGUGUGUGUCCAGCAACGCAAGGUCGAGUGUUUUUCGAACUAUAUUCUAGGAAGUGCUAGAUUUUCCUAGUGAGUGCACUGAUUCGGGCAGCGAGAUACGUUCAUCUAUCAAAGCCUUGCGACAGGAGCAACCAUCAGCCUGUGCUGCAGCCAGCGGUCGGAGGAAGUUAUAAAAUAGACUCCAAGGAACAAAGCAUCAAACAAAACUAAAAAAAGAGCAGGAGCACUGCAACGUAGGAGUAGCCUGGCCUGUGCGAAAGGUCACUGCCAAGCCACACACGGCAGUCGAAGGGAAGCCGUUUAUUUACAUUUGAACAAUCCGUUGGGUGGUGGGGAAGCGCGCGUCAUCCUGCAGCAAUGUCGUCGCCCAGCGCAGGCAAGCGCCGUAUGGACACGGACGUGAUCAAGCUGAUCGAAAGCAAGCACGAGGUGACCAUCCUCGGCGGGUUGAACGAGUUCUGCGUGAAGUUCUUCGGCCCUAACGCGACCCCGUACGAGGGCGGCGUGUGGAAGGUGCGGGUCCAUCUGCCCGAGCACUACCCGUUCAAGUCGCCCAGCAUCGGGUUCAUCAACAAAAUCUACCACCCGAACAUCGACGAGGUGUCCGGGACGGUGUGCCUGGACGUGAUCAACCAGGCGUGGACGGCGCUGUACGAUCUGUCCAACAUCUUCGAGUCCUUCCUGCCACAGCUGCUCACCUACCCGAAUCCGGUCGAUCCGCUGAACGGGGACGCGGCCGCCAUGUACCUCCACAAGCCGGAGGAGUACCGGAAGAAGGUGGCCGACUACGUGCGCCGGUACGCGACAGAGGAGGCGCUCCGGGAGCAGGAGCCGGUCGAGAGCUCCGACAGCGAGAGCAGCAUGUCGGACUUUAGCGAGGACGAGGCGCAGGACAUGGAGUUAUAACAACGGCUACCUUUACUACGCGUUUUCGACAGCAUUAACCAAUCGAACUCGGUCCAACUGCAUGCACCGCCGCUACCGCCGCCGCCGCCGCUGCAGCCAUCAUCGCGGGCGUCGCACUAUCACCACCAUCACCACCACCACCACCAUCGUAAUCACCGUCACCAGCAGCAGCGGCGACGGCGGCAGCAGCUGCAGCAGCACGUGGUACCGCCAGGCAAGCAGCGACGGUGCUACCGCCUUCGCACUGCGCUGUGAGCCAACCAACCAACAGCCAGCCAGCGCCAGCAGUCUUCGACCAAGGCCAGCACCAAUCUCCUCCAAAUUAACCGUGUCUUCUUUCGCUACCCACUAAUUUCCAUAGCAACAUCCGGCCGACGUACGAAAUGUUUACCCCAUGCUCCACGUGAGAGCUUCAAAUUGUUCUUGCGUGCUACAAAAUUUUCAGUAAGCAAUGUUUUUUUUGGCAACAGGCAGACCGAGGCAAGCUGCUGGCGUAGGCUAUAUUUCGCACUCACACACACACGCUGUUUGGGCCGAGUUCACCUUCUCCCUAUCCUCCCCGGGUUGAUAUACGAAUGCAAUACGUCGUUCAAAACUAAUAACGUUUUAUAUUAUUAUUUUUUGUUUAGCGUUUAUAAGAGUCUUUUACUUCUAGCUGCUGGGUUUGUCCUAGCAGACGUAGAAUAGGUAGUAUAAGGAGAAGCAAUAAUGCACUGUUACAGCGAGAGUUUAUGAGGAACAAUAGGGAAAUGAGAUACGGAGGCAAAACCUUAGAACACAAACGAACGCCAAAUGAGGAAAUUCAUGCACGCGCAAUAUCAACGAAAGCCAUAGCCGCCAACAGACACCUAGCGUCGGCGUUAGUCGUCCUUUCUGCGACAGGCAGGAUCACCCCCACCCAGGGGAUUUCACCCCGGGGAAAAACCGGGGUGUUUUGCUAGAGCAAAGCAGUAGUAAGCGAGUGACAAAAGAACGUCUCAGAGCGGAGUAAAGAGAAGCGCGGACAUUGCUACUCAUGCCAAGGGGGUUUUUUGUUUUGUUUCGCAGUCUGUCAACUUUCUCACUCUCCCUUCCCCGUCGCUGUCCUCGAUCGAUCGAGCGAAAUAUAUGUACAGGUUUAAUCAUCGUGAUCCGCAAAACCGUUUACGAAUGGAUAGGCGUGUUUUUUCUCUUAAUAUCUUGUUUGCUUUUUAAUUUACAAUUAGUCUUUUUUUUUGUUCGUUUGCAUCGUGUGUGUUAUAAUUAAGUCGUUAGGUCGUCGUCGCCGUUGAACGCAAUUCAUAGUUGCCACACGCGGAAAAGUUUCACUCUCCUGGCGCGUUCGAAUCGGUUCAUCCGCGCGGGAACGAAUCUUUCGGGAAUAGUUGAACAUGAGCGUGAGCAGAAACGAAACAAGAUUUUGCGAUGCACUUCUACUGGAAGAAACCUAAUCUUGAAACACAAAAACACAGAAUUUUCAUUAUUAUAUCAGAUAGAGCUAUUAUGAGUAUGGAAUAAUAUCGCUACAAUUAGUAGGGAAGGAGGAAGAUUAUAUACACGGUAGCAAUCGACAGGAUACAAAAGUUAAACGAGUCAUAAUAACGAGAAUUCCCCGAUAUGGUGAUGAUGCAUUAAAAAAAUUAUGAAUUUAGUGAUCGUGUGAAGGGUUGAAGAAGCGAAAGAUGUACUCACAUAAAGAAGGGAUGAGAACAAUAUAUAUAUAUAAAUAAAUUAAUAAAUAUAUAUAUAUACAUUAUAUAGCAGGAAGAUAGCUCCUCAGCAGUGUUUGUAAUUUCCAGAUAAAAUUCAAUAAAUAAUUGAAAAUUAAUUACCCUA